AUGAUAGCAUCCUCGAUUUCAAAAUCUCAGUUUGGGGUUCUAUCACGCCCAUUUCGCAGUCAUGUCAUACCCUUUGCGAAGCAGACAAGGUCCCCAAUCGCAUUUUCACAAUCCCGACUACUCAAGACCAUCACUCUCCGUGAACGCCAUUCCGAGACUUUGAAGCUGCCCGAUCUCUUUGAAAGAUGGAUGUCUCGUGUCCCAAUCGUACAUCCAAAUUACAAAACCGUCACGGAGCAAUCCGUUGAGUGGAUAGCUGGGCGAGUUUCCUGCCAGCCUUUUCAGAGUAGCGCCCACGCUAAUUUGGGAGAGCAGAAUAUGUGGUUAUGACAGGCAACAGAUCGAUAAGCUCCAUCGAGUGAACUUUGGAUCCUGGCCUGCGAUUAUGGUUCCUGAUGUCAGCGAGGAGAGGUUGCGAGUGGUUGCUGACUCUAUUGUUUGGGUAAGUGUGUGAUGUGAUGUUCUGAAUAUGUAUGUAGCUUGGGAUCUUGACUAAGUUAGAACAGGUGUUUUUGUUUGAUGAUCGUAUGUUUAGUUAUAUAUUAAUUUACGUCCACUAAGAUGAAUAGUGUUUGAUGAGGGACCGAUGAGACUGGAUUAUAAAAAGAGAAUUGAGUACGCAAGUGACAUGAUGUCUGUUCUCACUAAUCCUCAACGGAAACAUAAAUUUCCACCUAGUUCCGAGCCGUUGAAGAUUGUCCUGGCAGAUAUUCAUAAUAGACUCCUAGAGGUAAGAGUCUAUCUAAUAAGCCUUUGAUUCAAACGUUAACACAUUCCAGAAUUCGGAGUAUCCACUUGGCGCUACUACUCGCUGGUUAGACCAUCUACUACAUUACAUCAAAUCAUUACAGAAUUUAGUCAUCUUUGAACCAUCAAAAGGGCUCAAAGAUAGCCUCAGGCGUUACAUGGAAUACAAAGCAGAUAUCAACGGGAUACCUCCCCUAUUCUCUGCAGUGGAGUGAGCGAAAGUAACAGUCCUACAUCAGAGCCAGGUAUCUAACUCCAAAACUCAGGCUGGCCUCCUCUCUUCAUAUUCCAGACGAAGUAUUUGAGCAUCCGGCCAUGAAAAGACUAGAGCGAGUCGGACAAGACAUGGAGACUUUGCAAGCACAUCAACUCCCCAAAAAUAGUUUAAUUACGCUGACGAUGGCUUCUGUGCAAGGGUAAACGAUUCUGUAUCGUACCAUCGUGAAGAAGUUAGCACAUGACCUCUUCGAUAAUCUCUUUCUAACUAGUAGCAGCAAAAUGGUUAUCAUGAAAACAUCAUCUGGCUACUCGGUCACCACGGCCUUUCUGUACAAGAAUCCUACGACAAAGUUCAAGUGCUGCUUCGUGGCUGUUUCAAAGCUUGGUACUUGGCACUGGCAGAACUACCUUCGUGGGGUGAGGCGGUCGAUCGAGAUGUGGGACGAUAUAUCAGAGGGAUCGAGAAUGUCGUUUUGGGUCUUGCUCAUUUUAGGUAAUUGAACUUUAUUGUUGGUUGGAUCAUGCUAAAUUUCUAUCAAGCUUUCAAACGCCGAGGUAUUUUGGCUGUCAUCGGGAGGAAGUCAGAAGGACGAGAGAGUUGAAAUGGAGUGAUAGGGAGGUACUUUACACGGCUUUCACAUCGGAGAAGAAGUAG